CGGGGCCGGCCGGACGCGGGCGGAGCGCGGGGAGCGCGAGCGGCCCGAGGCGGCGGCCUCCCUGCCACCCGCCUGGCCACCCGCCUGGCCGCCGACGCGGGGACAGGGAGCGGGGCCGGCCUGCGCCCCCCGGGGUGCGGCCGGGGCCGCCGGAGAAGCCCGAGCGGCGGCGUCCCCCGCGGUCGCCCUCAAGUUGGCCGCGCGAAACUUUUCCCUGCGCGUCUGGGCGCCGCCCCCGCCGAGACCCGCCGCGGGUGGGGAGUGACGCGGGGGGAGAGGCCCGCGGCUCCCCCCACCCCCCGCCGCCGCCGCCGCCUCCCGUCGAGGCGCAGCCGGGCGCGACAGCGGGGCCGGGGCCCCUGGGCGAUGGCCGCGGAGCUGGCGAUGGGCGCCGAACUGCCCAGCAGCCCGCUGGCCAUCGAGUACGUCAACGACUUCGACCUGAUGAAGUUCGAGGUGAAGAAGGAGCCGCCCGAGGCCGAGCGCUUCUGCCACCGCCUGCCGCCCGGCUCGCUGUCCUCGACGCCGCUCAGCACGCCCUGCUCCUCCGUGCCCUCCUCGCCCAGCUUCUGCGCGCCCAGCCCGGGCACCGGCGGCGGCGCGGGGGGCGGCAGCGGCGCGGCGCAGGCCGGGGCCACCGCGGGGCCGACGGGCGGGGGCCCGGGCGCCGUCGGGGGCGCCUCGGGGAAGCCGGCGCUGGAGGAUCUGUACUGGAUGAGCGGCUACCAGCACCACCUGAACCCCGAGGCGCUCAACCUGACGCCCGAGGACGCGGUGGAGGCGCUCAUCGGCAGCGGCCACCACGCGGGGCACCACGGCGCGCACCACCCGGCGGCCGCCGCGGCCUACGAGGCUUUCCGGGGCCAGGGCUUCGGGGGCGGCGGCGGCGCGGACGACAUGGGCACCGGCCACCACCACGGCGCGCACCACGCCGCCCACCACCACCACCACCACCACCACGCGGGCGCGGGCCACCACGGCGGCGGCGGCGCGGGCCACCACGUGCGCCUGGAGGAGCGCUUCUCCGACGACCAGCUGGUGUCCAUGUCGGUGCGCGAGCUGAACCGGCAGCUCCGCGGCUUCAGCAAGGAGGAGGUCAUCCGGCUGAAGCAGAAGCGGCGCACGCUCAAAAACCGCGGCUACGCGCAGUCGUGCCGCUUCAAGCGCGUGCAGCAGCGGCACAUUCUGGAGAGCGAGAAGUGCCAGCUCCAGAGCCAGGUGGAGCAGCUGAAGCUGGAGGUGGGGCGCCUGGCCAAGGAGCGGGACCUGUACAAGGAGAAAUACGAGAAGCUGGCGGGCCGGGGCGGCCCCGGGGGCGCGGGCGGGGCCGGCUUCCCGCGGGAGUCCUCGCCGCCGCAGGCCGGGCCCGGCGGGGCCAAGGGCGCACCCGACUUCUUCCUGUGACCGCCCGGGCCGAGCGCGCGCCGCCCCGCCACCCACUGGAGGCCCCUGCCCGCCGGGCGCCCCGCGCCUUCCCGGCUCGCGGUCCGGGACGGGGCCGCGCCCCCUCCGCGCACGGAGCGCGGGCCUUCCCGGCCAAGCGGGGCCGGAGCCGGCUUCCUCCCCGGCGUCCGCCUGCCCGGCCGCGGCGCGCGGCUCCCCGGCCCCGACGCCGCCGCGGGCCGGCCUUCUCGCGGCCUCCCCUUCCUUGCCCGUUUCUACGACUCCUUUUUAAAGCGACUUUAUUUUCGAAGCAUUUCUGUUUCUUUUGCUCGGUGAUUAGUUAAGAAAACCCCGGAGGAAGUUCCCUCGUUCCCGGCCGGGGUCCACUCUCGGACGUCCGCGUGUCCCAGCAUGUGUCGCUCGCUCGCUCGCUCGGGGGGGGGGGGGGGGGGGGGUCCGGUCCCUGCCUGCCCGCCUGCCCCCCGCCCUGCCGCGGGCGUCCCUAGAGAUUGAAGCCGAGGGAUAUUAUCUAUGCCGUGUUCAGUCCUGCUGCCCUGCUGUACUCACGGGGGGAGGGGGGUGGGGAUGGGGCUGGGGGUCGCCGCUCUGAGGGUGGGGGCUGGCCCGGACUCCCCUGCUAUUUCUCUAUGCACCAGAUCGUAUUUAUGAGUCCCGGGGAAAUGUAUCUUAUUUUAACCUUCAAGAGAAGUGGAAGAAAAAAAAAAGUAAUGCACAGUAUUUCUAGCAAAAAAAAAAAAUUUUUUUUUUUAAAGAGGAGGUUUCAGACUGAACCUCCUGGCAUGGGGGCAAGUGAAGAAAGUGUUUUUAUUUUAAUUUAAAUUGUGUUUCGUUUUGUUUGUGCAAUCUUAAAAAAAAAAAAAAAGGCCCAGUGGCGCUUUGGACUAGCCAGUGGGGAGGAGGAAGCCGCCACUGGCCGGGGUCCCUGCAGGCCCGCCAGGCCUCUGGCCUCCAGUGGGUCCUGUGCUCCUUCCAGGCCUGCUCCUGCCCAGUGCUCUGAGUGGGAGACACUCUAAGUCGUUGAAAGUUUUCUUGUGUUGUUGCGUUUUGUUGGAUAAUUUUUUCAUUUGCUAUGAAGCCGAGGAAAGGGGGAAAAACACACACACAAAAAAUAAAUCCGUUUAGAUCCAACGUCA